AAAAAUCUUUAUACUCGCUACAGAUUCUUCCAACUUUACUGUUAAAGAGUGUAUAACUCCCACAGUGUCUAUAAUAUGCAAUUUAAUCUUUCUUCCCAUUUCCAUUUACCAAACAAACAAAUAUUUUACUGCGUCAUAUGAAGCAUUUGACAAACUCAAGAUGAGGUUCCUGUUUUUAAGGAAGUGGCAGACAGUGUUCAUCUGAAGAGUCUCAAGGUAGAACGCUACGUAUAGGUACCAAUCAUUUCUGGUUCACUGUCCAGCAAGUAACCAUCAUGGACCAAAACGCAACCAAUUCAACUGAAGGACCUUGUGGCUUGUCUGAAAUGCCAGCUCGUCCGUUCUUCCUAUGUUUAUACACAGUGAUUUUCCUGGCAAGCCUGGUGCUCAACAGCAUUACAGUUUAUGUGUACUUUUGCAAAGCUACAAAUCAAUCCAGCAUCACAAUCUAUAUGAAGAAUCUGGCUAUAGCCGACUUGUUUGUGUGCCUGUGUUUGAUAUUACGCAUCGCUAAACAUGCUAAAAGUUCAAUGGAAAUUCAGCGUAUCUACUGUAACUUUGGUGCUCCAGCUUCCUACCUCAACAUGUACUCCAGUAUUCUCUUCAUGGGCUACAUCGCUGCAAACAGGUACAUGAAGAUUGCACGGCCACUGGAGACUCACAUGCUGCAAACAGUCCGUUCGACACGCUACAUCUGCAUCGUGACCUGGGCUGUCCUGCUGUGCUCAAAUUGUGCCUACAUUGCUGCUUUUGUCAGCACUGAUAAACAAACCUCUGCCCACAGUGGUUUCGACUGUGACAGCUUUCAUAACAGCUUACUCAAACAGAUCUACUUGGCCUUGCAGAUCAUUUGCUUUCCAUUGUUUUUUUUGGUGCUGGUAUCCCUGAUUCUGUUCUACUGGUUGAAUGUACAGAAGCUUCGUCAAGCUCAGCGCACAAUGCCGGAUCAGCCUGGUAACGCUAAGCUCAGCAAGUCAAAGCGUAACAUGCAAGUUCUGAUGGUGGUUUUCUGCGUGUGUUUUGUGCCAUAUCACCUGGUGAGACUGCCGUACAUGUUCAUCAAACCCCUGCUGCAAGACUGCAGAGCAGAGCAGGUUUUCUACAUUCUGAAGGAGCUGACUGUCCUGCUCACAGUACUAAAUGCCUGCUUGGAUCCAAUUAUUUACUUUGUAUUUUGCAAGACCUUCAGAGCACAGCUUAACCUUCAAAGAUUUUGCCAAUCCGAAUGAGAUAAAGAGCUCUAGUAAGUUGAAUUAAAGGGAUAGUUUACCAAAAAUGAAAAUUAUGUCAUUUACUCACCCUCAUGCUGUUCCAAAUCUGUAUGGUUUCUUUCUUUAACAAAGCAGAACUGAAGAUAUUUUGAAGAAUGUGUGUAACCAAAGAGUUUGUGGUAGCAACUGACUUCUAUGAAAAAAAUAAAAAAUAAAGAAAUACUCUGAAAGUCAGUGGGGACCAGUAACUGUUUGGUUACCCACAUUCUUUAAAAAUAUCUUCUACAUUGUUCAGCAGAAAAAGGAAACUCAUACAGGUUUGUAAAAACUUGAGGGUGAGUAAAUGAAAUUUCCUCACCACUAGCAGCACCAAACAGAAUUGAAAAAAUAAUAUCUGUGUUCAAAAAAUAUUUCCUAAGCACUUUAUGAUCAUGUUCUUCAGUAUCUUUUGAGAAUGGAUAAGCAUCUUGUACUUCAAUGGAGGCAAGAACAUCUCACCGUUCACAUUAUCAAAUUUACUUAGUGACAUAGAAAUACAUAUUAUUUUUAAUUUAUUUUAUUCAUUAUUAAAAAAUAAUAAUCCUAAUAAUAAUAACACAAAAACUGCAUUAUGAUGCUUCUUUAUUAGUGCCUCAUAUUCCACAACUCUCAGCAUGGGGUGAGAGAGGAAACCAGCUUAAACUUUUCUUUACAAACACGACAUCCAUAUUUAUAUCCGCUUUGAACUCCCACUGAAACCUCAGAUAGGAAUAUCUAACAGAGAUAAUAAUAAUAAUAAACCAGGAAAACCAUUCAGACAACUGGUAAAUGUUAUCAGUUGUUUAUGUUUGUAAAUGUUUGUGUGUUCUGUUCUUUUUAUACUGUAAUUUAUUUUAUUGGAUUUGAAUGUAUUUGCAAAACUGACUUACAAAGUAUUUAAAUUUAAAGUUACUUCAAGUUAUAGUGUUUACAGUAAAAAGUAGUUAUUUUACAUAUGUAUAUGGCGCUUUAAGUUAAAAUCAGAUAUGCUAUUGUACAUCUUGUAUACAUCACUUUUGAUCAAUUUAUUGCAAUCUUGCUGAAUAAAAUUUAAACUUACAUUCAUUGUAGCAUCAUGAGUCCCAGGAAAAUUUUAAUUCUUGUGUGCAAUUGUACGUAUAUGAAUGUGCUGACAAUAAAGCUCUUUUGAAU